CUUGUGUUGAGUUGUUUGAUUAUGAAAAUUAAAAUAUGUAAACAACUUUUUAUCAUAAAAUAUUAAUUCUAUGAUUUCGUGCAUUAUUAAUUCUCUUCUGCAUUUUAUACAACACCUUGUGACAUAACAUCGCUAUCUAUUUUAAAAUAUAUACAUUAACUUAAAAUUCCAAUAAGUACACAUUAGAUCAAUUCGUCUUUAUCAUUUGUAGAAAGAUAAUCUCUAUUACAUAUAUCACACAAUUUCCCGGUAUGUAACAUAACCUAAUUGGCACUGUUCCUAAUUUCUCAAUACAAUAAUUAAAGGUAAAUUGCUUAAUUAACGCAAGUGGGGAAAAGUAACACUGAAAGGAAAUGAUGCAGUAAGGCGUAUUUGUUUACUCAUACCGGUUAAGAGCGCCGCAAGUGAUACUCGAUAGGCAACAUGUUGACGUGGUUGCUGCACAAAUGGACUGGUCUCUGGCUGCUUCUGAUAGCUCUAGGAGGUAUUUCUCUGUUCCUGUAUGGAUUCUUUCCUCUAAAAUAUCAUUCUGGAAAGCUCUCGCAUAAGGACGACUUGCCGAACUUCAUUGAAGGAGUCAGCAUUGAUGGCCAUGAAGUGUACAAUUCUGGAGAAAACAGCGUAGUAUUAAUGGUGAUAGAUGGACUCCGAUAUGACUUUGCAACAGAGGAAUACAUGCCAUACACUGGACAGCUGCUUAAAAAUAAAUCGGCUUGCAUUUACGUAUCUGUAGCUGAGCCUCCAACUGUUACCAUGCCAAGGAUAAAGGCCAUGAUGACUGGCAGCGUGUCGACAUUCGCGGAUGUCGCUUUGAAUUUUGGAGCGCCAGCCGUCCGAGGUGACAGUGUGCUUCGUGUUGCCCACGCUAAGGGGUGCCACUCUGUGCUCUAUGGCGACGACACGUGGCUGAGACUGUUCCCUGGUCUAUGGUCGGAGCAUGACGGCACUACGUCGUUCUUUGUCACAGAUUAUACAGAGGUAGACAACAAUGUCACCCGACAUUUGGAUACUAUCCUCACCCCAAAAGAUAAUAAAAAAGCAAAGUUUGAUUUCUUAGUACUUCACUAUCUCGGUCUAGAUCAUAUUGGACACCUAGAGGGUGCGAAGAGUCCUAAGAUUAAGCCAAAACUAAUAGAAAUGGAUGACAUUGUAAAGAAAAUAUAUACAGCUAUGCAAAAAUGGGAUAACACAGGUGUGCUCAUCAUAUGUGGGGAUCACGGCAUGCGAGAUGCGGGCGGGCACGGAGGCGCGUCUGCCGCCGAGGUGCUGGUGCCUCUUGUCGUUGUUAAGAGCGGUGGCUUUGAGUGUCCACACGCCUCCGGCCCAGGCCCAACAGUGGCCCAAGUGGACGUGGCUCCAACGAUAGCAUGGCUAUUGAAUGCUCCAAUACCGGGGGACAGCACUGGCAACAUUCUGCCCGCGCUCAUGCCGGCGGAUAUCAGGCAACACUUGUACUUAUUGCAUGUGAUCGCUGCACACAACGCUAAGCAGGGACUACCCACUGAUACUGAAUUUUUCAAGCAAUUUAAACGUGCCGAAAGUAAUUUCGCGCGUUACCUCUCCACGGGACAAGAAAGUGCGGCCAAAAUAGCUAAGGAAUUCUAUCAGGAGUCGCUGCAGGAGAUGUCCAAAUACUUGACGGCGACAACGACUGAUUUCGAUAUGUUUUCUUUAGGAUUAGCCACUGUUUUACUGUAUUUGGUUAUGGUAGCCCUGCUAUUCGUCACCUUAUACUCUCUACAACCGGACAACCAAAGGAAAAUAAGCGUCACCGACCAACACAAGACGAACCUCGGCUCGGUCGUCGCGUUCGCGAUAAUAUUCGCGAUAUCCGGCACAGUUCUCACAAUCGGCUGCUUCAUAACCGAAACCAAGAGCCAGUUCUGCUCUUUCAACCCCCUGUGGUCCAUCGCGUUCACGCUGACGGCGUUCGUUGUGACCGUCGCGUAUUUCAUAAUCAAGAGCGGUAUGGAGAAGACUCGCGACCUGUCCCCAUUGCGGGAACUGAACGCUAUAGACUAUCUCCUCGUGAUCGGCACCCUCUUCCACACGUGGUCGUUUUUCGGGACGAGUUUCAUAGAAGAGGAGCACAUGACGUGGUACUUCUUCUGGAACACCCUGAUGUUCUUCGUGCUGGUGCGGACGAUUGUGGUGGUGGUGAUGUACUUCAGCAAGCGGUACUGGGGCGCCACGGAGGUGCAGGACAAGCCGGAGCUACAGAGUCGGAUGAGCGCUGUCGGUAUUGGGAUUGUUCCCAAAUGGGUGCUGCUUAUUGCUCUGCAUAGAUAUCUCCGUACAAUGAACCAGACAGGGGACAGGUGGCUGUUCCUGCCCGAUACCGCGGAUUGGCUAAAUGCGCCUGAGAAUUCAUUCUAUUUACAGGCACACCUUGUUGUUGGAACGUUACUAACACUCGCCAUAUGCCUCUGGAAUGUUCGAUACAUGAACAAUUACAUGAAGAUACACUCCGUCCUCACGAUACUCGCAACUGUAUGCAUACUCUGCUACCGCAUCACGACUGACGCCCUAACCACUCCAUUCGACGCAAUAAAAACCUGGGACAACAUCCUGAUCGUAGAUGUCUUCUGGUGGAUUCUGAACGCGCAAACGAUUUUCGAAAUAAUCACAUACAUUGGAGCUUUUAAAGCGUGCGGCUACCAAUUGCCCAGUUCGAAUAAAUUCGUUUACAGCAAACCGAAAGAGAAGUCGGAAGAUUACUUCUACGAUGACAUGGAGGAACCCUGGAAUGUGGACGAAGUGAAGUUAAACUUGGUUAGGUCGCUGUCUCACAUAAUGUACAACCAUAUGAUGUUAAUUAUAAUACUCUUGAUGCGUCCCCACAAUGUGAUCAUGGUGCCGAGUAUUUAUGUGACGUGCGCGAUGACUUCUAAGUGUUUGGACCAUAAGUUGUUGGAUUCGAGGCCCGGUAGGAACACGGAGGUGGCUGACACCUUGGGGCUGGCUCUCGUUCAUAUAUGGAUCGGUGCUGUGUUUUAUUUCUAUCAGGGCAACUCGAACAGCCUCGCGUCCGUGGACCUCGGCUCGGGCUACGUGGGGCUCGGCGCGUACAGUCCGCUGCGCGUGGCGGCCCGCAUGGGGCUGCACGCGUACGCCGCGCCCGCGCUCUCCGGCGCCGCACUGUUCUGCGCGCGCGCCGCCCAAGCCGACACGCUGCCGAGGUACCUCAAUUCAGUCUGGCGGGUGACCAACAUAAUGGCACUGCAGCGGGUGUACCAGCUCUCGACCUAUUGCGUCAUAGCCUUCAUAUUCCGACACCAUUUGUUCGUAUGGUCGGUGUUUUCCCCUAAACUGCUUUACGAUUUCGUCGCUACAGUGUUUGCGGUACAAGCCCUAACGACGAUUGCAGAAAUCAAUAUUCUAACUCAUAUUGUUAGCUGGAUUUCGAGAUCGAUCACAUAUAAAAGAUUAUCAUAGGGAAGGCCUUUACAGCGCCCGACGCUGAGAAACCUCGCGAGAAGGAAAAAUAGACUUAAACGCAAGUGUACAAGGUAUAAAUUACACGAGCGGAGGGAGAGGCAGAGACAACUGUAUAAGUUUUUGAAGUCCGAUAACUUAGAUAUUAUCACCACGGAUAAGGUGCAAUUGAAAGUGUUCUCACGGUGACUGUGUGUGUUGUAAAAAAAAGAAACAUUAUACGUCUUAGUGUAUUUUACUGAGUGUUGUAUACCAAUGAGGUAAUUUAAAAGAUAUAUACACAAACUCUACAAGACGAUUAGUAUAAUGUAUGUUCAAUUAUUAUUGUUACCAGAUGUUUAAGGAUAUGCUUUCAACAGGCUAAGCUAGAACUAUAGUAAAUUCGUUAAUUUUACUGAAAUAAAUAAGGUGUUCUAGUAUUUUUUUUUUUCAAAAAUUUUGGCUUUUUUUUUUGAAAUCACGUUGAAAAUGUUCAUAUAUAGAAGCUAAUAUAUCUUCAGUAAACAUUCCUAUAUUUACGGUAUAGUUUUUAUAAAUAAAAGUAAAUAUAAUUUAUUUUUCCAUUGUUUUAAUGUGUAUUUUGUAAUGGCUAUUAUUAGAGUACGACCUACCUAGUUUAAUAAUAUGACAAUCAUUGUGUGCAAAGUAUAAAUUUAAUAAUACAUCUUAACAUUAUUUUUCUAAAUUUUCACAAUUGUGAUACAUUUUA